AUGAUGGAUAGCGGGAGCUGGAUCGAGGUGUCUGAGGCGGAUGUGUCUGAGGCAGAUGUGACGCCUGAGGCUGUGACGCUUGAGAUGCAAUCCCGUGACAGUCCCCGCAGAAGGACGGAUGUGAAAAGAUCAUCCAGCUGCCCUGCUGGUUUCGAGCAGGGUGGGCGUAUAGAACUCAGAUGCACUAAAAAUGGAUCAUCUGGUCGCAGUGACACUCCUCGUGGUGGUGUGGUAGCAUCUGUUGAAGUCGUGAAGGCCCCAUUGCCUAGCCCAUCGACUGUGGUCUUGGACUCUCUACGCACUUCACUUCCACAAGAUUGUGAAUGCCAAGGGCAAUGUGGUUCGCUUGGACAAUCUGCUUGCAAUGACACUCCUCAUGGUAGUGUGGUGCCAGUUGUGACGGAGGCCCAGAUGACGAACCCAUUGAUUGCGCCCAUGAGCUCUACAAGCUCUCAACGUGCUUCGCCUGGGCGGAAUGACACUCCCCGCAGUGGUGUGGUUCCAGCUGUCAACGGGACAAAGGCCCUGGUUGCUACCCCUCAUCCUCACGACCCUCCAAGACCAGGGGACAAAACGGUUUGGGCAGGCAAGUUGCUCGCUUGGGCCCUUGGAAUUGCGUUUUUGGCCGUGAUCGCAGUCUACAAAGGGUCGUGGUGUAAACACGACUGUGAAGGACAUUGGGUGGAGUCCAGCUGUUCGCAAUCCUGCGGUGGCGGACAGAUGCGAAGAGACUUCAUCAUCACUGCCUCUCCGAAAAAUGGUGGUGAGGCAUGCCCACAGAGCUACCAUAUGCUUUGCAACUCUCAACCUUGCGUGGUUGAUUGCGAGCUGUCGGAGUGGAUCGCAGAGCCAGCCGGGUGUAGCGCUUCAUGCGGUGGCGGUGUCCUGACAGAAGUGAGAAGCAUCAAACAAGCUGCGCUUUUUGGGGGCCGCUGCGCUGAUCAGUCAUCGCCAGACAGGCUUCGCGAACUUCCAUGCAACAUUCAUCCUUGUCCUAUCGACUGUGACCUCUCAAGCUGGAAGACGGAUGAUGCUGGUUGCAGCAAGUUCUGUGGCAACGGGACCGCAAGGCAAACACGUUCCCUCGAGCGUGAAGCUGCUCAUGGGGGCACAUGCCCAGACCCUGCUUCAGAGCACAGAGAGCGUUGGAUUGCAUGCAACAUGCAGCCGUGCACCGCUGUUGCGGUUGUGCAGGACGUGCUGAAGGGCUCUGCGCUUGCUGUUGCAAGUCUUCAGGAUUUCGACGUUGCGAUCAAAGAGUUGGGAGCAAGAGGCGAAGUUUUAGUGCGGCAUUACCCUCGAUUCAACUGUUCCGCCGGAAUCACAGCUGACAUGAGGGAGUCUGUGGCGGUUUGUGUGAAGAACAGCAUGCUUACUGACAGUGCGAUGGACAUCAAGAUGCAAGUGAACAAUGCUUCCAAGCAAUGUGCGCUUCUCAGCAGGAAGUUUCGAUUGCUCAUGGCUGAGAUGAAGCGCAGUUUGCCUUUCCUCGUGUGGCGCGUUUGUGAGAACGAUCUGCCGGGCGCAAACAGCACCUUUGCGAUCUUGCUGAAGCAUGUGGAUGUCCUCGUUCAUCACUUGACGGUGUGCGAUCAUGCCGUGCAGGAUCUCCAGACAAAAGGCGACAUGUUGACCACCGAGCACCAUGGACACCGGGAAGAUAGCGAGCGCCGCUUAGAGAAAUUGCAUGCAGCUUUGAACCACAGCGAGGAGCAGGGUACGUUGCUUCGGCUGAAUGCCGGGGCCAUAUCAGCUGAUUUGCAGAAGGCAACAGAGAAGAUUCUUGCCAAGAGGGCUGCACUGAAGCGGAGCGAAGAUGACAGGCAGAAGCUCCGAGUACAACGGCAGCAGCAGUCAGAAAGCAACGUUGCGGAGCUGGUGAAGUUGCAUGCAGAGGCUGACCAGUUCAGAAGCGCAGCUGAUCUCGAUAAGGCUGUGCAGGGUAAGAAACGUAAUGAAGCCAAGAUUCGAGAAGCCGAGAAUGCAGCCAUGGAGGCAGAGCGGAAUGUGGCUGCCGCGGAGCAGGAGCACGCAUCCAAAGAACAAGAGUACCAGAAAGCAGUUGCUGCAGAAGAAGCAGCCAUAAAACGUUUCACAGAUGAGGUCGCUGCAGCCAUGCAGACACAAGCAACUUCAAGGGAGUUGCAGGACCAUAACCGCGUGCAGGUCAUGGAAGCAGGUCAACAUUUGCAGACUGUCCUGUUGGACUACAAGAAUGUCAUUCGUACAAUGAAAAUGGCCGAGCUCUCACAUCCUGAGGGCCUAAACAGCGUCUUUGCCGGUCUGACUGGACGCCUCGUUGCAUUGGAAGGCUUACUCCCACAGCUGCAAGACUAUCUCAGUCAGCUGCGUGACGAGGAAGGCCGUAUGCCUACAGGGCCGAGUGGCUGCACCCAGGCGAAGCACGUUGUUUCCAACAUUGUGCAUGCCUUCAUGGCGUAG